GCCGCCGCCACCGCCACCGCCGCCGCUCCCCCCCCGCUUCCGAACGGGGCCGCGGAACGGCGCCGGGAGCGCCGGGAUCCAACGGGACCCGCCGGGACAGCCGGCAUCCAACGGCACAGCCGGGAUCCAACGGGACGGCUGGCACCACUGGGACAAGUGGGAGCCGAUGGGACAACCGGGACACAACGGGACAACGGGACAACUAGGACACAACGGGACAUUUGGGACCCAACAGGACAACUGGGCCCCCAUGGGACAACAAGGACCCAGCGGGACAACCACCACCCCACCCUUCAUCCUGGGGAGCCAAGGCAACCAGGACAACUGGGACCCAACGGGACAACCGGGACCCAAUGGGACAACCGGGACCCAAUGGGACAACUAGGACUCAAUGGGACAACCACCCCCCGCCCUGAGCAACCAGGACAACGGGGACCCAAUGGGACAACUGGGACACAAUGGGACAGUUGGGACCCAACAGGACAACCGGGACCCAAUGGGACAACCAGGACCCGGUGGGACAACCACCACCCCACCCUGGGCAGCCAAGGCAACCAGGACAACCAGGACCCAACAACACAACUGGGACCCAGUGGGAAAACUGAGACCCAACGGGACAAUUGGGACAACCAGGACCUAACAGGGGAAUCAGGACAACCAGCAUCCACUGGGACAACCAGCACCUACCGGGACAACCCAGGAUCAACCAAGACAACCAGCACCUACUGGGACAAGUGCAACUACGACGACCCAAUGGGACAACUGGGACCCAACGGAGCAACCAGCCUCCCUCCAGGGCAGCCAAGACAACCAGGGCAACCAGGACCCAACAGGACAACCGGGACCUUUGGGAUCACUGAGACCCCCAGGAUCAGCACCAGGAUCAGAACCAGGACACUAUCACCCCUGGGAUCACCAGGACCACCAGGAUCAGCACUGGGACCCUUGAGAUCACUGGGAGCCCCAGGAUCAGCACUGGGACCCCUGGGGUCACUGGGACCCAAAGGAUCAGUACUGGGACCCAUGGGAUCAACAAGACCCCUGGGAUCAGCACCAGCACACUGUCACCCUUGGGACAACCAGCAACCCCAUGAUCACCCCCUGGAACAACCAAGACUUUUAGGAUCACCAGAAAUGCCAGGAUCACCUCCCAACCCCAAAACAACUGGCAACCCCCAGGACUACCUCUUGGGAUCAGCGCUGGGAUCACUCACACCCAAGGAUAUGGGACACAAGCACCACUGGGACAACUGGCACCACCAGGACAACCAGCACCCCGGGAUCACUGGGACCCCCGGAAUCACUCUGCAGAAUCACCAGGGAUCGCUCACACCCACGUACACUGGCACCACAGGACACAGCACCCCAGCACACGAACGCCCCUGGAUGGCUAAAAGCUCCUCUUGCCCCUUUCAAAGAUUAUUUUGCCCUGUGGGAGAGCUCUUUGUUUCCUUGGGAAAUUCAGCCUGGGCUGAACUUCCAGCUGCUUUAUAAGCCUCUGGAAAUUGAUUAUUACAAAGGAGAGGCUGCUGUACACACUGUUAUCUCUAGCCCUUGGGCUGAGCAGGCGAUAUUACAGCAACAAAGUGAACCGCUAGGAAUUAACGCCAAGCAAACAGCUUGGACUAAUUAAUUUUCCCAGUGUUUCAGGUGAAAACCCCCAGCCAGGAUGCUGUAACUCGUGGUGGAUGGAGCAGCCCACAGAGCUCCAGCGAGGAGCAUGUGGAAGGAAGAAGAGUUACAGUGAUGGGCUGUGCAUCACAGUGCAGUGGGGAUGUCCCAUGUCCAGAAAGAGACAGAAUCCGGCCCAGCAGGCAGCAUCGCCUCCUGCAUCCGCUCGAACCUGUCCUGCUCAUCUUCCUCCUGCCAGCAGAAAGACAGCCAUGUGAAAACCACACGUUGCAGCUGACUGAUUCCAUUUGUUGC